AUGAUUACUCAAGAAAAUCUCAACGAAUUAGAAAAUAAAUUACAAAAUGACUUAGGUCUAGCAAAAUCCGAAUUAAAAAACGAUUUAAAAGCCGAAUUAAAAGAAGAAUUAAAAAAUCUGGUAAAAGAAGAACUUAAAGAGGAAUUAAAAGAAAACAUAAAAACCGAAAUAAUUGCCCAAAUAAACGUAGAUAUUAAAAAAGACAUCAAAAUUUACUUCGACCAAUUAAAAUUAAGUAUGGAAGAUAGCCUGGAUAAAAUUGAAUCAGAUGCACACGAUAAAUUUAUGGGCAUAGUCGAUGCAAACGUUAAAACAAUUGUUGAAGGAGCGAAGAUGGCUUUAAAUAAUACGAUGAAAAAUGUGCAAGUCGCUACAGUUCCAGCUAGCGGAUCAGAUAAAAUUUUCAUCGACUUAUUUUACAAAAAUGUGACUAAUUUUGAGCAAAAAAAUCGAUUUUUUCCCCACAAAUUCUUAGCUCAAUUUACAACACCGUCUGUAAUGCAAAAUAUCGACCCAGAUAAUCGUAGAAUGCUGCUAGCUUCCUGUGUGAAAAUCGAAUCAACUGCCUGGAGUGAAAAAGUCCAAAAAGCCAAGACUUUUGAAGAACUCCAGGAAUACUUCUUAGAUAUAUUCUGGGACGACAACGUGAAAACUGCAGCCGUCGUUGCUUUUGAAAAAGAAAUCCCAAAACACAUCACAAAAAUCAUCGAUUUUAUGGAAUAUAUCUCUAAUUGGUACGACACCUUGUUAAAAACCGAUACAAGAGAAAAAUUGAUCAUCUCCAAGGUGUACAAAAAAUUCCCGAAGUGCAUUAAACAACAAACCAACAGUGAAGGACUGACCAAUAAAGAGUCACUGAUGGCUAAAUUGGAGACUGUCAAGAACAUGGAUACAGAUGACAUGACCAUAGUUUGGGAUGAAGAGGAAGAUCAAUCUAGAAUAAAUGUUAAUUAUCGUUACUAUGACAGAGACAAUUAUCGACGAAAUAAUUAUGACAGAAGAGAUUAUCGUCGAGAAGAACCAUACAAUAGAGACCGUAGAUACCAAGAAAAUAGGGAAGAAAGAAAUAAGAAUUACGAAGAUAGAGGUAGAAAUUAUGACCACCAAGAAGAUAGACAGCAAAAUCAAGAUGAAGAUAGAAAUCCAAGAUAUCUGGGUAGAAACUACGAUCCCAACUACCGAAGAAAUCGUUAUAGACAAUAUGAUCAGCGCGAACCUCAAGGAAACCCCCCACCCCCUCGAAACGAUAAGCCAGAGGGGCAGAAAACGGACCCAAAAAACGCCAAGUGA